AUGUCACAACAAACAAAAAAACGGAUAAUAAUAUUUGUCAUUAUCAUCUUUUUUAUGAUAUUGUGUCUGAUCAAUUUUUAUUUUCCAACCACGCUUGAAAAACCUUUAGGAUUAAAAAAAUCAAAAUCAGUAAAUUAUACCCUUGGUUUCGAUCAUAUUUUUGCUAUUAAUCUUAGUUAUCGAUUAGAUAGACGUGAAGACAUGCAAGAGAUUGCUGAUUUUCUUGGUUUAGAUUUCGACUUUUUCCCUGCUGUCUCCAGGUUUGAUAGAAAAUUUCUCAACAAAUAUAAUCUUGCUGGACUGUCAAAUGCUCAAAAAGCUUGCUAUCUAAGUCAUUAUCUUAUAUAUAAAGAAAUCGUCAAAAAUGGUUAUAAAAGUGCAUUGAUUUUAGAAGAUGAUGUAGAUAUUGAAUUUGAAAUUUCUAGAAUAGUGAGUGAUCUCAGCCGUGAUUUACCCUAUGAUUGGGAUAUGUUUUACAUUUCUCAUUAUAAUUACGAAGAAGGAGAAAUUUUAGCAGAAAGCGGUGAAUUUAAACUAAUUAAAUCUACUAAUCCAAUUAAUACGCAUGGUUAUGCCGUCUCGGAUCGUGGUGCUCGCAAGCUAAUAGAGGAUCUUAACGUCAAUAAGCCAGCCAAUCCUAUUGAUGUAGAAUUGACAAGUAGAGUUCAUAGCGGAUUCGUCAGAUCAUAUAGUAUUGAUCGAACAACUAUGAUACAAUGGAAAACGCACGAUAAUCCAUCGGAUAUUCCUGAUAGUAGACCCCCAUUUGAACGUCAAGAAUUAUUAAAUUCCACUAGGAGGAUUCUUGGAUAUAAACAAAUGUGGGAUUAUUAUUAA